CGCUAAUUUAGCUUCUUCGUGCCAGUACCCCAGACUGGCAAAACUAUUCGAACAUUAUUUUCCAGCCCUCGCCUCUUUUCUCUCUCUCCCCCUCUGGUCUUCGCCGCCGCCGCCGCGGAAACCUCCAUCUCGAACUCCCUCCCCUCGAUGACCGUAUGAGAUGUGCGGCGGCGGCACGCUCUCUCCUCCCCCUCCCACCCGCCGCCGCCCCCGUCCACACUCACACCUACACUGCCGCCGCCGCAUCCCCUUCCCCGGGCGCCAAAAGAAAAAGAGAGCUCGCCGCCGCCGACGCGCUCCAUUCGCUGCUCUUCACGCUCCCUCCCUCUCUCCCCGCCCUCCUCCCUUGCCUCUCCCUCCUCUCGCCGCGCCUCACCCGCCGCACCGUCUCCGACGCCCUCAUCUGUGCCGACCUGCCCGCCGCGUCCCGCAUCCGCCUUUUCCUCUACUCCGCCAUCAAACGGCGUCUCCGCUCCCCGCUACUCUACUCCCGCGCCGUCUCCGUCCUCCUCGCCUCCGAACCCGACGCCGUCGCAAUGUUCGACGCCCUCGCCGACGCCCGCGCCGCUGGUCUCCCCGCCCCCUCCGCCGCCUUCAGGGCCCUCGUGCUCGCGCACUCCUCCGCCGGCCGACACCAGGAGGCCGUCGAGGCCUUCUCCCGGAUGGGCGACUUCGACUGCCGCCCCACUGCAUUCGUCUACAACGCCGUCUUCCAGGUCCUUGUGGACCGCGGAGUCAUCCUCCUAGCCCUGGCGCUGUAUAACCGGAUGGUCAGCUCCGGAUGCCUGCCCAACAGUACCACGUACAUCGUGCUAAUGGACGGGCUUUGCAAGCGGGGCAUGGCAGUGGACGCUCUCAAGAUGUUCGACGAAAUGCUCGAGAGGGGGAUCGUGCCCGACGUGAAGAUCUAUACCGUGCUUCUCUCGUCCCUCUGCAACGAAGGGAGGAUAGAGGAUGCUGGGCGGCUGCUGUGCUCCAUGAAGGAGAACGGGUGCCCACCAGAUGAGGUCACAUACACUGUUUUCUUGAGCGGGCUCUGCAAGGCUGGCAGGGUCGAUGAAGCAUUUCAUCGGUUUGAACUGCUCCAAGAUGGGGGUUUCACACUUGGGUUGAUAGGGUAUAGCUGUUUGAUCGAUGGUCUGUUCCAGGCCGGACGGUUUGAUGAAGGCUUGAGUUAUUACACGGAAAUGUUGGGGAAGAGUAUUUCACCAGACAUCACCCUGUACACCAUACUGAUCCGUCGUUUUGCAGAGGCUGGAAGAACUAAGGAUGCAUUCUUGUUACUUGAUGAGAUGAAGGACAAAGGGUUUGUGCCUGAUACUUUCUGUUACAACACACUGCUCAAGGCUCUCUUCGAUGUUGGUAACAUAGAUAGAGCUCAGUCAUUGAUGUCAGAGAUGUUGCAGAAUAAUGUUGUCUUGGACUCCACAACACACAAUAUCAUGAUAUGUGGACUGUGCAAGAAAGGACUCAUAGAUAAGGCAAUGCAGGUUUUUGAUGAGAUGGGAGAACAUGGUUGCCAUCCGACGGUUAUGACAUACAAUGCACUCAUUGACGGACUCUAUAGGGCCGGCAUGCUAGAGGAAGCUCGGAUGCUUUUCCAUAAGAUGGAGAUGGGGAAUAAUCCCUCCUUGUUCCUUCGGCUAACCCUUGGUGCCAACCAGGUGAGGGACACCGAGAGCCUUCGUAAGCUGGUUGAUGGUAUGUGCCAAUCUGGGCAGGUGCUGAAAGCCUACAAGCUUCUUCGAGGUAUAAUAGAAAGUGGAGUUGUUCCUGAUGUUGUCACAUAUAACACAUUGAUAAAUGGACUCUGUAAAGCGAAGAAUCUUGACGGUGCAUUAAGGCUCUUCAAAGAGCUCCAACUCAAGGGAAUCUCUCCUGACGAAAUCACUUAUGGGACACUUAUUGAUGGGCUUUGGAGGGCACACAGAGAAAACGACGCCACAAUGUUGUUCCAGAAUAUAUUAAGGAGUGGUGGCUUCCCUAGUUUGCCUAUCUACAAUACUAUGAUGAGAUCUCUUUGUAGGAUGAAGAAAUUGUCGCAAGCAAUCAACCUCUGGUUGGAUUACCUCCCCAAAAAGUACAAUCUUUCACCGGAAGAUGAAGUAAUUGCUAAUGCCCGUAAAUGUUUUGAAGACGGUUUUCUGGAUGAAACAGUUAAGGAGUUAAUCAAGAUUGAUCAAGUAUAUGGUUCCCUUAACCCAAACCCUUACACCAUUUGGGUGAUAGGGCUCUGCCAGGUAAGGAAAAUUGAUGACGCUCUUAGGAUAUUUCAUAUCCUUGAGGAGUUUGGGAUUGUUGUCACACCAGCAUGCUGUGCUCUUCUUAUCAAUUACCUAUGUUGGGACAGAAACCUCAAUGCGGCAGUUGAUAUCAUGAUGUAUACAUUGAGCAAACGGUUCAUUGUGUCGCAACCUGUAGGCAACCGUUUACUUAGGAGUCUUUGCAUCCGCUACAGAAGGCAUGAUGCACAAGCACUUUCAUGGAGAAUGCAUCUUGUAGGAUAUGAUAUGGAUGUAUAUCUUCGUGAGGCUACAAAAGAUUUGUUAUACAGUCAAUAGAAUUGUCUGUAGCUUUGUAGGACUACAGAGCUGCCCUCAGGAGGGAUGCUGAUGUUUUGUUCUGUACCAAUUUUGUUAGGUAAAACAGCAAAAUAGGUUGUGAUUCACUGAUUUCUUACCUCUUGCAAUGGAUCUGUAAUCCAUCAGUUGAGUUGUAACUUCAAUAAUGAGGCAAAAAGUUUGAUGUCUGCAAUAAGUUAUACCAUUCCAUUGGCACAUUGCGUCAACAUGCAUUUACUUAAA